UUUUUUCUUUUUUUAAUCUUAGUAUCCUUGAAUUCAAUUCAAGCCCAACAGUACUAUGAUUCAUCGGAUUGUUCGGUUGAUACAAGCUAUCCAGGUUCAAGAUACACAUGCAAUUUCAACCAAAAACCAUGCUCCGCAUUUCUAGUCUAUAGAGCCAACCAGAAUUUCAAUACUGUCUCUAGUAUCUCUCGUUUGUUGCAAGUAGAUGUUGAUGAACUGCUUCACUUGAACAAUCUUUCGUCUCCAUCAGAAGUACUAGAACCAGGUAGCGAAGUUCUUUUUCCUGUUUUCUGCUUUUGUUUAGAUCAAUUCUUUCAGGCAAAUUUAACCUACACAGUUCCUGAAACCACAACACUGUCAGAUAUUGCUUGCUUAGUCUUUGAAGGUCUGGUAAAAUCGCAUACUCUUGUUGAGGAAAAUGCUUCUAAAGAAAAUGAAGUUAAAGUUAGUUCUAAGCUAAAUGUGCCUUUGAGAUGUGCUUGUCCUACUAAUUUUAGCAAUGAAAUAAUGUUUCUUGUCACCUAUCCUUUAAUGGAAGGAGAUACACUAAAUAUACUUAGCAAAAAGUUUAGUAUUUCUACUGCAGAUAUAUUGGCAGCUAAUUAUUUUGAACAACCUUGGCCUACUAUUUAUCCACAGACAACUAUUCUAAUUCCAUUGAAAAGAAAACCAAAAAUUAAUUUCAGUAUUCCAAACUCUCCAACCCCAACUUCUAGUUUUCUUCCUACAAUUACAGUAGAAAAGAAAACCAGUAGUGCAAACUUGAUCGUUCUGUAUAGUUUAGUUUCAGUUGUUGGGGCUUUUUUACUAGUUAUAGCAUAUGGAUGGUAUGCGAGAAAAAGAAAGAUUAACAAGUUGCAAUCUUUCAACACAAGAAGCUCUCCGCGUUCAUGUUCAACAGGUCAAACAGGUAGAAGCUCUGCAACUUUUUCAUGUUUAUCGCCAGAUCUUCUUGUUGGGAUUAAGUAUUCUUUAAAGAAUUACAGUAUAGAAGACCUGAAAAGGGCUACAAAAGAUUUUAGUAAAGAAAGCAAGACUGGAGAUCAAACAUAUAAAGGUUGGAUCGAUAAUGUAGACAUGAUGAUUGAGCAAAUGAAGUUUGAAGAUACUCGCCAAGUUAUCAAUAUACAUUCCAAAAUAAAUCAUAUUAAUAUUGUAAAUAUGGUUGGUGUAUGCUAUGGAGACAAUAAUGAUUCUUGGUCUUAUCUUAUAUUUGAGUUACCUUUAAACGGUUGCUUGAGAGAUUGCUUAAGUAACCUAUCUGGUUCGCUUGAAUGGUAUAGGCGAAUUCAAAUAGCUGUUGAUAUUGCUAGAGGUUUGCAUUAUUUACAUCAUUGCAUUUUCCCUUCAUAUGCUCAUAAAGGUGUGAAUAGUAGAAAUAUUUUUAUAACCGCAAAUUGGAGGGCAAAGCUUACAAAUAUUAGAAGUAAUAAUUCUUAUGGCUUGGAUUCUGAUAAGUUAGACAUAUUUGCAUUUGGAGUAGUUCUGUUAGAGCUGAUAUCAGGAAGAGAAGAUGUAAAUGGAAAAUUAUAUAAAGAUUGGAUUGGAUUUUUAGGAGGCGGAGGGGCUAGUGAAGGUGGUUGUUUUGAUCAAUUGAAGAGUUUUAUUGAUCCAUGUCUUAAGGAUUAUCCACUUGCAGAUGCUUUGUGUUUAGCUGUUCUAGCAAAGGCAUGUGUAGAAGACAAUCCUUUGCAUAGACCAUCUAUGGAUGAUAUAUUGAAAGUCCUUGUCAGAUUGGUAUAA